AUGAAUAAAGUCCAAACAACAUUUAAUAUAGAAGGAGUUAAUGUUGGUUUGAGAGAAAUGUUUAGAAGAGUGAUUUAUUCAAGGAAUUUUGAAGAAUUAGAAACAUUUAAUGAACAGAUUCAAUUAAUAAAACAAUAUUGUCCAGUAGCAAAGAAUGAAGAAAUAGCAAUUGUAAUGAAAUGUACAUUAAGAGAUGUAGAAAGAAUAAUUAAUCCAGAGAACAAAGAAAUUGAUAUUUCAAAUACAGAUACAAUUACAACGGAAGAUACCAUACCAUCACUCAAAACAAAUGAAGAAGCAAUUAAAGAUAUUCAACGAUUAUCGAAAGAAAUUAUUGGAAAAGGAAUUGCGUUUACAGAAAAUUCAAUACAGUGUUAUGUUGAAGAUUAUUGUGAAGGAGUGAAUUUAACAUUUAAUGAAUUAAAUUUAAAUCAAAGAAAAGUAAAAAUAUCAAAAAUAUUAAAUCAACCAAGUGAAAAUGAAAUUAAAGGAUUUUACCAUUUAUUAAAAGAAAAAGUAGAAGGAAUUUCACCACAUUUUAUAUUUAAUGUGGAUGAAUUUGGAUUUCAAUUAAAAACAUUUGAAGAUAACGUUUUUGUAAGAACAAACGACCGUCCAAAAAAAUUACAAAUUGAAAGAAAUAGUAAAAUGUCUCAGUUGCUGUGUUGUAUUUGUGGUGAUGGAAGUUCUUUUCCUCUUUAUUGUGUUGUUAAUAAUGAAAACCAAAAAAAAGAAAUAACAAAAAAUAUAUCAAAAAAAAUUAAUAUUGUUUUUAGUGAAGAAACUACUUGUGCAAUUAGUUUAUUUGUUUUUGAAGGUUGGUUAAAUACGUUUAUUAAAUUUAUUAAUAACCAACGUAAAAAAUAUCACUGUGAACAUCAAAUUGUUAUUUUAUUAAUUCCAGAAUACUAUAAAGAGUAUUUAAAAGGAUUUUCUUAUCUUUUAAAAGAAAAUGUUAUUCAAAUCAUUUUUAUUCCAAAAAAUAGUGAAAGAGAAGUUCAACCAUUAAAUGAAUUAUUUGAAUCAAUGAUUCAUAAAAUAAAUAAUUUUAAUAAAAUAGAUAAAUUAAAAAUAACAAAUGAAAGUAAAGAACUUAUUAAAUUAAUAAAUAAUUGGAAAAUAGAAUCUGUUGAAGGAAAUGUUAUUGAUGCUUUUAAAAAUAAAGGGUUAUUAUUUACUAUUAUUGGAGAAAAGUCAAUGUGUUGUAUUGAGUCUACUUAUUUAACUGAAGAGUCUCAUUUAUUAAAUGACUUUCAAAAACCAAGAAAAAGUAGUGAAUUAAAAUCAAAAAAAUCUUCUCAAACUUUAGACUCUUUAUGGUUAGAUGGUGAUUCUUCUUUAAAUGAAAUAAGUAUAUCUAUAAUUCCAAAAAUAUCUGAACCUUAUAAAAGACCUUUUGAUAAUAAUUAA